AUGGAGGCAAUUGUAGAGGACGCGCUGCCCUACUUGCGCAGGGAGAAGGGCAUCCACCCGCAGACGAGGGACAACACGCACCUCUAUGGCUACGCGAUGCUCUCUGGCUCGUUCCUGUUCUUCACGACGACCAUGUACUGGGUGCUGGUGUCGAAAUUCAUGCCUGACACGGGCAACCCGCUGCUCGACUGGAUCAAGCACGACAAUUACUACUGCCUCGUGGUCUUGUCGUGCAUCCCAGUCAGCUUCGUCAUCGUCUACUUCAACUGGCUGGCGUUCAAAUUCUUUCGACACAACUCGUAA